GCCGUGAUCCCCCUCCUGCUCCAGCCCUACACUGCCAUUGGACUCUAGUUACCUGCAAGUUGGCCGUGUCGUGUGGACCUGUGGCAGUGCUACUGCUACUGCUAGCUACUGGCCGCCUUGCUUGCAGCUGGGAGUAUAAGCGUGAGGAGUUUCCGCAAGUUAGCUGGGAGAGAAAUUAAGGGAAGCAAAGCAUAUUCCAGAGCUGGCACACCUACUACUACAAGUCUAGAACAUGGGCGGCAUGGAUCAGCUCGACGAGCAGUCAUUCCUCGACGAGCUCAUGUCCCUGCGCCGGGAGGAGGCGCCGUGGCUGGCGUACACGGGCAGCGGCAUGAUGACGACAAGCGACCUCCUCUUCUACGGCGGUGAGGGCGCCGGCGAGGCGAGCAGCGGCACGGACUUGGCCGGGCCGUUUCUUCAACAGCCCAUGGCGCCACCGCACCGGUCGCACGAGGAGUUCAACUUCGACUACCUCAGCGAAGUGUGCAAUCCUUAUAGGAGCUGCGUCGGCGUCGUCCCUCGGCAUGGGGUCGCCCACGGGGCCGGCCAGGCGCUGGUUCAGUAUCCUCUCCACGACGCCAUGGCGGAGGACGACCCCAGCGGCAGCAACCUGCAUCGCGGUGGUGGGUCGUCGUCGUCACCGGUGCCGUUCGUGUUCGGAGCAGGAGGCGCCGGGGAGAGCCCGGAGAUGAUAAGGGGCGUCUUCACCGGCGCCCACGCUCGAAGCAAGCUCAACGGCGGCACUACCUCCAAGAACCUCAUGGCGGAAAGGCGGCGCCGGAAGCGUCUCAACGACCGCCUCUCCAUGCUUCGCUCCAUCGUGCCCAAGAUCAGCAAGAUGGAUAGGACCUCGAUCCUAGGGGACACCAUAGACUACGUGAAUGAACUAACCGAGCGGAUCAAAACCCUCGAGGAGGAGAUCGGCGCCACGCCGGAGGAGCUGAACCUGCUGAACACCACGAAGAAUUUCUUCAGCGGUAGCAGCGAGGAGAUGCCGAUGAGGAAUUCCACCAAGUUUGUCAUCGAGAAACAGGGCGACGGCGAAACGAGGAUCGACAUCUGCUGCGCCACUAGCCCCGGCGUGCUGAUCUCGACGGUGAGCGCGCUGGAGGUGCUGGGGCUGGAGAUCGAGCAGUGCGUCUUCAGCUGCUUCGGCGACUUCGCCAUGCAAGCAUCAUGCUCACAAGAGGAAGGCAGGAGCCGAGUGACAAGCACCGACGAGAUCAAGCAGGCAUUGUUCACGAGUGCCGGCUAUGGAGGAAGGUGUCUGUAGAUCGAGCACGCCAAUUCAUCAAGCAUGCAGCAGAAGAAGCUUCUUGUAAUUGUAAUUUUGUAAUCUUCCGUGAGUUCUGUGUUUGCAUAUAGUAUUUGCUUGAUUUGUUUUCAAAAAUAUCUGCAUGAAUUAAUGCAGUGUUUAUGUUAAAAUUUGAACAGUAGAUUAGUAGUACGAUCUAAAGUUCAGCUGUUUGUGACCAGAUUGUAAUAGUUGGGCGUGUGUCCGUGAGUGUAAUGCAUGCAUAUCAAUGUAUGGAGUGGAGUAUUGGGAUUUGGCCGACAUGAAAAGAUACCAAUCUGGUGCUGUAUUUGGUUGGGCACUGUUACAGCUUUUUGUU